AAUUUCUUCUCCUUCUUCGGCGACCGUAGCAUUUCUCUGCAGAUAUUCAGAGUUCGUCGGUGAUAUCAUCGCUCCAAGAACAAUCCGUCAUCGAAGGUGCCGAUUUCGGAGGAAAUGACGGAUUAGAGGUUCAUCCAUUUUGAAAUUCGUUGCACUCUUUUUGGCCAUUUCGUUUUCUGAUUCCUGUGCCCCCUCCCAUCGUCGUUUUUCUGGUUUCCUAAACCUAGAUCAUUUUCCGAUAUUUCUCCACGAUCCCCAUACGUCAGGAGUGAAUCAGCGGACCUGAAGGAGAAACCCAGGAGAAUAUAGGUUUAUCGUUGUCUGUCUCCCUGCUUGAUUAGGUGUCGCGAUCUUCCGUGGGAAUGGUCGAUUAGUUCCGUUAGGGAUUGGUUCGCUUGAUCGAUUUCAUGGAGGGGGUAUCUCUUAUGAUGCCCGUUUCGUUUCUUUAGAGCCAGAUUAAGUAGAUUUGACCGUGUUAGGAAAUGUCUGUUGCUGAUGUUGCUUUGAACCCGAUUCAAAGAGGAUCGGGGUUCUCCUCUGGUCAUUUUGGCAAGCAACCGAGGCACUACUCCAUCCAAUCCGUCUUAAUAUUCCUUAGCUUUUCGGGUUCCAUGAUUCCAAUGCUUAUCUUGGAGUCUGAUUCUAUAGCCAACGUGAAACUUAGGAUCCAGACGUGUAAUGGGUUUGUGGUAAGGAGACAGAAACUAGUUUUUAGUGGCAGAGAGCUUGCUAGGAACAGUUCGCUUUUGAAAGAAUAUGGCAUUACCAGAGGUAGUGUGUUGCAUUUGGUGCUUAAACUUUCCGAUCUACUCCUUGUCACUGUGAGAACCAUUUGCGGUGAGGUCUUUGAGUUUCAUGUAGACCGUCACAGAGAUGUCGGGUAUUUGAAGAAACAUAUCUCGAAAGAGGGAAAGGAAUUUCCUGACGUUGAUGAUCAAGAAAUCUUUUGUAACGGCGAGAAGCUCGGUGAUCAUAGGGUCAUAGAUGACAUAUGCAAGGACGGGAAUUCGGUAAUCCAUUUGCUGGUUAAGAAAUUGGCAAUAACUAAGCUUUCAGCUGUCACAUCUGCGCAACCAGUGGCAAGAGAAGAUGUUGCACUUGGUAGAGACUUCUUGUUAGGACCAGUAAUUGUAGAUCCGGAGGUAAAAUUACCUGAAGCUAUCAGGGAUAUGAUGAAUCGUACGAUUGACGGGUUAAAUGGGGGAUAUCAACCCAUCAGGUCAUCUGAAGGAACGGGAGGAACUUACCUGAUGCCAGAUUCUUCCGGUUUAGAUUAUGUCUCUGUCUUCAAGCCCACGGAUGAGGAACCAAUGGCUGUGAACAACCCACAAAAGCUGCCUGUGUCAUCAGAUGGUCAAGGGUUGAAGAGAGGUACAAGAGUAGGAGAGGGGGCAUUGAGAGAAGUCGCAGCUUACAUAUUAGAUCAUCCUAAGAGUGGCCCGAGAACAUUGCCUAACAAAGUUGUCGGCUUUGCUGGUGUGCCACCUACUGUUAUGGUCAGAAGCUUACAUAGAGGGUAUAAUUACCCUGGGGGAUUUGAGGUUUCUAUGAAAAAUGUCAAAAUCGGUUCUCUGCAGAUGUUUAUGAAGAACAAUGGGAGCUGUGAGGAUAUUGGUCCUGGGGCUUUUCCUGUGGAAGAAGUGCAUAAGAUUUGCGUCUUCGAUAUAAGGAUGGCAAAUGCAGAUCGGCAUGCUGGAAACAUACUGAUCAGAAAAGGUGGAGAAGGGCAGACUGUUCUUAUUCCCAUUGAUCAUGGCUACUGCUUGCCUGAAAACUUUGAAGACUGCACAUUCGACUGGCUCUACUGGCCGCAAGCCCAAGAGCCGUUUUCCCGGGAUACCCUAAACUACAUAGACUCUCUAGACUCCGAACAAGACAUUGCCCUCCUCAGACUUCUCGGCUGGGACGUCCCCAACAGCAUAUCCCGCAUGCUGCACAUCUCCACCAUGCUUCUGAAGAAAGGGGCUAAGAGAAACCUCACUCCAUAUAAAAUCGGAUCUAUAAUGUGCAGAGAGACAGUGAACAAAGACUCGGUCAUCGAGGAGAUCAUCAGAGAGGCCAAUAACUCGGUGUUGCCCGGCAUGAGUGAGGCUGCGUUCCUGGAAGCCGUCUCUCAGGUCAUGGAUCGACGUCUGGACGAGCUCUAACCAAGUAAAAGGUUUUAUAACAUGAAGAAAAUGGAGCAUGUUCAUAAGGCUACAUAGAGUUGUUUCGAUGCAUGUGUGUAUGUAUGUAUAUGUGUAUGUAUGUAUUUAUCUAUGCCAGAUGGGUUUUCUUGGAUCCUUUUUUCAUCCUCCAUGAAAGCCUGAAGCUAUAUGUGACUGCUUGUUUCUUA